AUGGUAGAACAAACAACAAAGAUACCCUUCUACCUUGUUUUUAUCUCGGAUGAUAUGAGCAAUGCAGUGCGAGCAAGUUUACGACAGGCGGGUCUGCAAGACUCAGUUAGAGUAGUGGACAUACCACCUGCGAACCUGAAGCAACAGCUAGUCCGCAAUCGUGCCUAUGACAGACUUUGUGAGAGACCUAACUGCAUCGUUUGUCCGAAUGAGAGGCAGGGCUCUGAAGAAGGCGACGACGCCGAAACGUUAGCCAGAAUAAAGAUCAAUAACAAUCAUGGUUCUGCUCAAAAAGUAGUACACAAUCAAACUCUACGAUGUCAAGAUUCAAAGAAGGUCGAACUUGAGACUUAA